CACGGAGGCAGAGGUGUCCGACUCCGGUACUACUUUUAAAGAGCAGAAUCUCCUUCUUUAACUCAAACACAACGUGCUAUGGACGUUUAAGGAGCCGCGAGUCGUGCCGAGAGUAUUGUUGUGCUAAUUUGAAUUGACACAGCUGAGUGAUCCUGAAGUUUUCUUCCUGGGAGAGAUGGAGACCAGCUCACCCACACUGCCUCCUCAGUCACCAUGCCUUAACACUUUCCAAGUGUCCCUGCCUUUCUCCUCCUCACCACGGCAAACAAACGGCCGUGUUUCCCUUCCCCUCUCACCCAUAUCAUUUCCCCCAUCCCCUUCCUCACUCUCUCCAGCAACAGCCGAGUCAAGUCACUCCUCCUCCCCUCUCUCACACGACACGGCGUCUCAGUGUCUUGAAGGACAAACAUUACAGAGUGUCAGCCUGUCCAACUUUUCUGACCAAGAUGACCUAACCUGCCUCAACUGGCUGCAUCAGAGGGGCAACCUGCUGCCGCUGCAGCCUCUCACCAAAAUGUCAACACUGCCUCAGCUGGAGGCCUCACAACCCACCCAACAUCUUCCUCCAGCCUCGUCCAAGCCCCCGUACUCCUUCAGUAGUUUGAUUUUCAUGGCAAUAGAAGAUUCACCUCAGAAGAGGCUGCCAGUGAAAGACAUCUAUGAAUGGAUCAUCAACAAUUUCCCGUUCUACAGGACGGCUACGGGAGGCUGGAGGAACUCUGUCAGACACAAUUUAUCCCUGAGCAAGAGCUUCCGGCGCAUUCAGAGGGACAAGAGCCAGUCAGUGGGGAAGGGAUCUCUGUGGUGUGUGUGUCCAGAGUAUCGCCCAGCGCUGCUUGAAGUGCUGAGAAAGACCCACAGUUACCACUGCACUAACAGCAAUCUGAUCAGCAAGCCUGCACUGUUGGAUGGAGCUGACUUUGGGAUGCCUGCAGUGUGUGACUCUCUUGAGAUCUCAGAUCCUCUGUGUCACUCCCUCCUCCUCUCUUCACCCUCACCCCAAACCUUGACUAUUGAUAACCCGCCAUUCCCUGAAAACCCAACAUGCCCUUUGACACCGGAUCAUGAGGAGCUGGUCACCAUGGAGUCGAUGGACUACCAGCAGGAGGAGGUGUGCGAGGAGAUGGAGAAGGACCCCCUGUCAGACAGCGGGUACAUCGAGUUACACUAUUACCAGUCUGAGGAGUACCAGUACCUGGUGCUGCCAGGUGAUACUGAGCUGGAUCUGGAGACUGUAGAGAUCCUGCAGCUGGAUGCUGAGGCGCAGGAGGCUGCCGGGUCACUGCUGGACCUGGCAGGAGGUGGAUAUUGAAGGUAUAUCUCAUUAACAAUCACAACUCCAGUUCAUUAUGAGAAAACACUCCAACAGUCCAACAAUAUUAAUGGAUGCAGUGAUGAUUGUUAUUCAGAUUGGCUGCUUUUCCUUUAAACACUGAUACUGCCCUAAAGCCUGUGUUGUUUUUGUAAUUAGGUAAUGAAAUUGAUUAUUUUUAAAUGUACUAACAAAACUGUGGAUCACGUUUAUUCACAUGUAUUCAUGCACUUUUAAUGCAGGCAAUGACUAACAAACAGUCUAGACUGACAGCUACUUAAGAGUGUAACUUUAAACUCAAAGAUGUUGAUAAAAUUAUGCUCUGAGAAUCUAAAGUAUUAACAGCAUGGACUUGAUUAGGUCUUAAAGAUUUCACUGUGAUUUUUUUUCAAACUUAAA